AUGGCUGUGAAGAAGCAUAGGCUGGCAGCUGAGUCAGCUCUUGCUUUACAGCUGUCGGCUGGCGACUGGAGGAGAGAUCAUCUUGUCAUUGUGGUUUUUCUGGUUGAUUUUGGAAUAAUUCAGUAUUCACAUACAGCUACAGGAAAAUUGCCACUAAAUUUCACAUGUAAGUUACUGAACAACAAAUAUGCUCAAAAACAAGGAAGUUCCAUCCAAUCUCAGUUGGUGAAGCUCAAGAAGAGGGGGUCGGAUACCAAGUAUUUGGCUACUGUGACCGAGUGUGACAUUGCCUUGUUGACUGUCAGCGAUGAAUUUUGGGAGGGGGUCUCUCCUAUCGAAUUUGGGUCUUUGCCUGCACUACAAGAUGCUGUUACUGUUGCUGGUUACCCGAUUGGAGGAGACACAAUCUCUGUGACUAGUGGUGUUGUUUCAUGUAUGGAGAUUUUGUCAUAUGUCCAUGGCUCCACUGAGCUUCUGGGCCUGCAGAUUGAUGCCCCUGCUUUUAAUGAUAAAGGAAAAUGCGUUGGUAUAGCAUUUCAGUCCCUAAAACAUGAAGAUGUGGAAAAUAUAGGCUAUGUCAUACCCACACCUGUCAUUACACACUUCAUUCAUGACUAUGAAAAGUCAGGGGAAUAUACAGGUUUCCCUAUACUUGGGAUUGAGUGGCAAAAAAUGGAAAAUCCUGAUUUGCGCAAGGCUAUGGGGAUGACGCCCAUACAGAAAGGUGUUCGCAUUAGGAGAAUAGAGCCUACUGCUCCAGAAUUUCAUUUUUUGAACUAA